AUGAUUCGAUUCAUCCAAAAUCUCCAGUUGAGGCGAGAGGCCGGGAACCAGCAGCUCAUGACGGGGCCUCUGUCUGCUGCUGAACUGGAGACGGCGGAAGCAGUCAUCGUGCGUGAAGCACAGAACAGACAUUUCGAACAUGAGAUUCGGAGUCUGAGCGCAGGAAGUCUGGUGCACCGAUCGAGUCGGAUCAGGAACUUGUCGCCGUUCCUCGACAAUGCGGGUAUUCUUCGUGUCGGUGGGCGACUAGGCAACGCCCCUCUACCGUUCGCUAGCCGACAUCCGGCGCUCUUGGCAUCAGAAGACCAAGUGACACAUCUGAUUAUAGCGGACGCUCAUCAGCAAGUGUUCCACUCUGGAAUGGAGCGCACCCUCACGGAAGUCCGACAACACUACUGGCCGUGUCGAGGAAGGUCGCUGGUGAAGCACGUGAUCCACAAGUGCCAACAGUGUAAGCGCAGACGCUGUGGUCCGCGAAUCCCGAGAAUGGCCGACCUUCCAGCCAGUCGGUUCGAUGAAACGCGAGCAUUCAACACUGUCGGGAUAGAUUACUUUGGUCCCAUGGAAGUGAAGAGGCUUCGGAAGAUAGAGAAGCGGUAUGGCGUGUUGUUCACAUGCUGUGCAACAAGGGCUGUGCAUUUAGAACUAGCUCACAGUCUAGACACAGACAGUUUCCUGCUCGCCCUGCGACGAUUCAUCGCUCGUCGCGGCAAGCCAAAGCUGCUACUAUCUGACAACGGGACCAACUUUGUCGGGGGAGAGCGGGAGCUCAGAGAAUCAUUAGCAGAGUUGAACCAAUCGAGGAUCACAGAUGAGCUCAGCCAGAAAGGAAUUGAAUGGAAGUUUCUCCCUCCUGGAGCUCCACAUAUGGGAGGCGUUUGGGAAAGGCUAGUGGGGAGUGUGAAAAGAGCUAUGAAAAUGGUUGUGGGGAACAGUUGCCUCACAGAUGAAGUGCUCCACACUGUGCUCACUGAGGUGGAGUCGAUGCUGAAUGGUCGGCCCCUCACAUAUAUCAGCAUCGAUGGACGGGAUCUAGAUCCGCUGACACCUAACCACUUGCUUCUGGGCUGCGCGAACGCGAACCUGUCUCCAGGGAGAUUUCAAGAUAAGGAAGUCAACAGUCGAAAGCGAUGGAGGCAAGCACAGACUAUAGCGGACCACUUCUGGCGCAGGUGGCGUCGCGAAUAUCUCCCUUCGCUGAUGGCUCGGAGCAAGUGGCAGGAGGACACGAGAAAUGUGACAGUUGGGGAUGUAGUGUUAAUGGCUGAAGAGAGCGCUCCCAGAGGUUUCUGGCCGUUAGCGCGAGUUACUGAGGUGUACACGGGAGAAGAUGGAAGGGUUCGUUCAGCUGAGCUGAAGACGGCAUCGGGAGCGAUCUAUCAUCGCCCGGUAACCAAGAUAUGCGUAUUGGAGGAAGUUGAAGGUUGUGAUGGGGAGUAAGAGGCCCGAUUUCCUCGUCCUGUACAGAAAUGUGCUGUGCCUCGGGCUGAGCUUCCUCAUCCGUCUAUCACUGCCCAGCCCCGAUUCCCACCUGUCACGCCUUCGACGACUGAGACUGGCGAUGGUGGCGUCGUCUUCGGCUGGAGCGGCUCCGAGGGCGGCGCUGAUGUCGUCAUCUGGGGCGGCGGCAUCUGCUAUUGGGACAGUGCUUCCGGCCGGGGUGCUACCGGCGGUCGUGGCGCGGCCUACUGUCGCGGCGGGCGCUGCCGUCGCGCUGCGGCUUGCUGUCGCGGCGGGGCCUGCCGUCGCUGGACUCGGAGCGGCGCGCUGCGGCGGCGGCGCGCUGCGGCAGCGGCGCCCGCGUUUAGAACGCUUGCGACAGUGGACACUUACAGAGUGUUGCGUGCGUUCAGAGUGGCGACAUUCAGCGAACGAGUUCAUCGUGAGAGUGACUUUUACCGACGGUGGCUCGUGCACGCCACCUGAGCUGUGGUGUCGAGGCUGUAGCUCGAUACGGGGUGAUUAGUAAGCUCUGAAGACUGUACCUAGUUUCGAGCGGUCGCGGAGCUGACUAUAGUGCGAUACGUUGAUGAUCGUGUGCAUCAUUGCGUUUGUGUUGGCUGUGAACUUUGUGUUGGCAAGGAACUGAAGGGUGCUCCGCUUCCCAGCUGUCAACAUUUGACGCAGAUGCAGUUGAGCGAUGUUGAUCUGGAGUGCUUCAGAUAGAAGUAUUGUAUUCGGUUUAGUUGUGUUCGCUACGCGAAAACGAGGGGGAGGAAUGUGAUGACCGAGUCAGUCGUAACGUGUUCUCUCCCUUGUUGACAGAUGAGUAUUGAAUGUGGCAUGCUUGUCAUUGAAGGUACAUGCACCCCAGUCUGUGUCUGCUAAGCAUGGUGGCCUGUAGCAUGCGCCUAUGGGCUAUGAUGUACAUAUGUUGCUUGGCGCUGCAUGCGAUUUCAUCACCGUCAGAUCGGAAACACUUCUGAAACCGCUUGUCUCAUUCGUUUGUCCUUUACCUGUCUGCUACCCAUAUCAUACCUUUCUACCCGGGCAAACAUUUAUUUUCUGUCAAAAUACAGCAUGAACAAGAACAGGCGCGUA